UGGCACUGUACUAGCUGCGAUUUGCAUGAUGUUGUGUCUCUUCAGGACGGUUGUGACAAACAGACAAAAACAAAAGAUGACUGAUAGAGAAGCAUCCAAGAAAGCAUUUUGAGCAGAUAAGCAUCUUCAUCUUGCUCUUCAGCUGAUUUUUUUCUCCAGUACGAUUACGGCAACUGGCCCUUUUUUUUCGUACACCUACACAUCAAGUUGCACUCAGCACGAACACGACCACAAACUCAAACGAAAAUGUCAGCAUCCUCGUCCUCCGGCGAGGACGAAUUCGUAGACACCCGACAAUUUUCUUCCAACUCAAGUCUGGUUCAAGAAAUCGAACAGAAACUCCACGAAGACGGCAAUGACGCUUUAGACGACUCCGAGAUCUACAUGCGCCUCUCGCAGAAUUCCGGCAUUCUGAUCACCCCAUUUUUGCACUUCCUGAACAAGCUGAAAACGGAUUCUUUGCAGCAUGGUGUAUAUCGAGAGCAAUUUCGCGUACCUGAGCUACUCGAGAAUCUCCGGCGCCCUCUUUUGCAAGAGGAAUUUGAUGCUUCCGACGCUGAAAGUGGCGACCUGUUUGACCAGCUUUACGUGAGAGACCUCUUCGAGUUUCUAUGGCGACAGUUGCUCCCGGAGAAGCGGCAAGAGGUCACACUGUACGGGAAAAAGCACGAGUUGAAACGGAAAAUCCGGUUCUUGCACUACUAUGAGACGUGCGUGGCAAUGCGAUGUCCGGCAGAUGAAGAUGACUCGGAACAUAAUCUACUAAGACACUGUAUGGAACCGUGGAAGCUGAAGAUCGGGUCGAACAACCUCGUGAGCGAAUCAAUUUUCGACCUGGAGGAUAGAGAAGACGAUGAAGCAGGAUUUGCAGUAGGUGACGCCAACAAUUAUAGGGGCUUAGACAACGGCAAAAACAGAGGGUCACGGUCAGCACCACCAAUAGUUGCGCAAGAAACUAAAAGGCCGGAAGAUUAUGGCCCGAGAACAUCUUCCUCCUUAGGCCUAGUCGGGGAAGAGGUGGAAGACAGCGACUCAUCAUCGCGUGACGAAUUCACUGGAUCGCCUUGUGGCACGAAAAAUACCUCCUCCCUGCUAAAGGGCCUAUUCACGAUGGUCAACUCCCUAGAACAGGUGAUGGUCUAUUCCCCAGACGGGACCAGACCCUUCUACAACGUCGCUUUAGUGAAUUUCUACGAAGACCCGCAAGACUCCAUCAAUUUCCAUUCGGACAAGGGAACCGGACACGACUGUCGUUUCCCUGUGGUCAUGCUCAGUUUGGGCAAUUGCGACAGGAAAUUCAAGUGGAAGCCCGUUUCUACUACUACCUCCGGAGGACAAGCUGCGAAGAGGGAAAAUGAAACCGCACCGGCUGCGCCCGAUGGAGAAAUGGAUGCAGGUGGAGAGUCCUCGGCCGCAAAAAGAAGGAAAAAAGCCCCAGAUGGUAAAGCAGCGACUGUUAGUGCGAAAAUGCACCGUGAGGAACAAGAUGGGAAGAACGGUAUAAUCGGUGGUCUCACCGCAAAAGCGGGCGAAAUACUAUUGCCGCACGGGUCCUUCACGCUUUUUCAUGGGAAAUUUCAGGAAGAAUUCGAGCACUGUGUCUGGGUCUGGAAGAAUACAAGACUUGUCAUGCAGGUUUUCCACGACCCAUGAGGUCUGGUAUGCAGGACAUAGCAUGACAGAUUCUGUGAUAGUCCUAUGAUGCCUAUUCUGCAUGAGAAAGUGCAUCGCGAUUAGGUCACAACUGGACAGCUUUAUUUGGCAAUUGUGCAACAAUGAUUUUGACAUGAUUCAGAUUUAGCAUGACAAGUUCCAACCUUCCAGAGGAGGAGGGCCCAGACAUAUUUGCAAUGCAUAGGGAACAGUCAUGUACCACUUCCGCCAAAAGCUCGUGCCGGAAGAUUUUUUCCAUAUCAACUGUAAAAAUGUCUGGGUCUGGAAGAAUCCCACUUGUCAUGCUAAAUCUGAAGCAUGCAAAAAUCUGUGUUGCAUGAUUACCAAAAGUCGUCCUGUUUUGACCAAGUCGGGAGGCAGUUUCUCAUGCAGGACAGGCAUGGGAAAGAUCGCGCAGAAUCUGUCAUGCUAUGUCCUGCAUUCCAGACCUCAUGGGUCAUGGAAAAGCUGCAUGACAAAUCGGGUGAAAUACUAUUGCCGCACGGGUCCUUCACGCUUUUCCAUGGGAAAUUUCAAGAAGAAUUCGAGCACUGUGUUGCCCCUGUUCCGGAAAAUAAUCGGGUAAAAGGGAAGGACUACAGGCGGAUCAGCAUCACGUUUCGCUGCCAUACAAACAGUAGUACUUCUUCGUCGACGCGUGGUAGUGGCAAUAGUGGGAUGAAAAAGUCAUAGUCUGCUCGAUCACCCACUUCCUGUAUCAUUUUUCCUGUCCGCCUGAUAUGAGUUUCAGUUUAUUUUGGAAGAGCUAGUCGAACGCAAAAGCAAAACCAAAAGAAUAAG